AGAUUUUGUUGCUACAAAUUUUGGCACGCCCGGUGGGACAUCUCUACCUCUCAUCUCUUCUCUCUCUCGAAGAUCCUCAAAGUGUUGCAGUGACUGCUCUACGUUCGCAAUGAAGACUGCUACUUCGGAUUCAUCAAGUGUGGGCUUAGUUACAAGGAGUAUGGUUAAGAAGCUGCAAGCAUCCUCCAAGACUAGCUCGAUGCCCCAAACCGUUCAAAAAAGCUUACCACCUCUUGUCAACACAAGCGCAGACGUGGAAGGCUCAAAACGAGAGAUUUCACAGCCCAUGCCUCAUUCAACAUCAAGCUACUCAGAGAUGGCAUCCGUCAUGACAACAAAUGCUAUAACUAUGGAAGAGCAAAUUGCAAGUUUGACCAAGGCUAUUGAGGGACUCACAAAGCAUGUUCAACAACGAGAUUCUCAAAUUGCCAAGUUGAUUGAGAAGAUGAACAAAGCCGAUGCUAGUCAAAUUGUGGAACAGAUAAAGGCUCAAGACGAAGUCGAGGCAUCCACAAAGAAACAGCCAGUUGAAAACGAGAAGGCUCCAGCUCAAGAUUUUCAAGUUUCUCCAGAAGGGAUGAUUCAUGUAGAUCAAGUGAUGACGCUGAUCAGUGGAACCAUCAAAGACAAGUUGGAACAAGGCUCGACGUCUCCAUCAACCUAUGUCAAGCCAUACAUGCAAAUGAUUGAUGAUCUAAGGAUGCCAAUGGGCUAUAUACCUCCAAAGUUUCAACAAUUUGACGGCAAAGGCAACCCCAAGCAACAUGUGGCACACUUCGUGGAGACUUGCAAUGAUGCCGGCACGUAUGGAGAUCACCUCGUCAAGCAAUUCGUCCGAUCGCUCAAAGACAAUGCUUUUGAUUGGUACAUUGAUUUGGGGGCAAACUCCAUCGAUAGUUGGAAGCACUUAGAGGAAGAAUUUCUCAACCGCUUUUACAGCACUCGAAGAACAGUCAGCAUGAUUGAGCUCACCAAUUCCCACCAGUGGAUGAAGGAACCUGUUAUCGACUACAUCAACCGUUGGAGAAAUUUGAGUCUUAAUUGCAAGGAUCGACUGUCUGAGACAUCAGCUAUUGAACUGUGCAUCCAAGGAAUGCAAUGGGGACUCCGAUAUAUCCUUCAAGUAAUUCAACCUAAAAGUUUUGAAGAGUUGGCCACUCGAGCACAUGAUAUGGAAUUGAGCAUAACUGCAAAUGAAGUCAAAGAACCUUCAUUCCAAAAGUCGUACCAGCUCAAUGAAAAACAUGUCGAAGAAGAACAAGAAGAUCACGAGGAUGGGGGCAAGUCUUUUGAAGAAACAACAUCCUAUGCAAUAUGACAAGUCAAAUCAAAUCAAGCACUCCUUGACACGAGUUUAAAAGGUCAACAUGUCCAAAUCAAAUGAA